AUGUCACAUGAAUGCCCAUUAAUUAUUGUUGAUAACAUGCCAUUACUUUUUCAACUUAGUGAAGUGUUGUUCAAAAUUUUUGACACUAUUAACACAUUGGAACGUGCCGAAGGUGACAGAAUUGAGCUACGAAUAGCAUCUUUAGGAAAAAAGUUAGUUGACAGGGUUCCUGAUCACCAUCCUGACGUUAUUCAAGGGUGGUUGAAUAUUUCGGGGUUGUGCUGGCUUGAGCGGACUAGCUUGAAACUUACCGAUCCACAGCUUAUAUCCGCAUUUGUUGAGAGGUGGCACCUUGAGACAUCGUCAUUUCACAUGUCGUUCGGCGAGAUGACUAUUACUUUGGACGAUGUGGCAUGUCUUCUGCAUCUACCUGAUAUGGGUCACUUUUAUACUCCUGUAUCAGUUUCUCAGGAACAAGCUGCGGCACUUGCAGCUGAGUUGUUAGGAGAGGAGUAUGAAUUUGCAUUGCGAGAGACUGUAGCGCAGAGGGGUGGUCAUUUUUCACAGCAGUGGCUAUAUGAGAGUUAUAUGAGGAAUGCCAAUUUGUACGGGAGACAUGACUGCGCAGCUAGGGCAUGGAUGUUGAUGCUGGUGGGAUGUACCAUUCUGGCUGACAAGAGUUAUACACGAGUGGAUGUCAAAUGGCUACUUCUGUUUAGUGAUUUGUCUGCAUGCCAUACAUUUUCGUGGGCCAGUAUUGCAUUGAUUUGUUUAUACGAUAACUUGAACGAUGCAUCCAUGUUUUCUACGAGGGCCCUUUCAGGGUAUGCGACACUUCUUCAGUGUUGGAUUCACGAGUAUUUUCCUACCCUUGGUAGAAGGGCUGCGUCGGGACUUAAUUGUGAUGAUCCUGGCUUUCCUCGAGCUAUGCGGUGGAUGUAUAAGCAAGGGAAGACCAAGCUCCCCGAGUAUCGGCCUAUAUUGGAUGCACUGACCCCUGAUGACGUGAUAUGGCGUCCGUUUGAGACUCACAGAGGUAGCAUUCCUUUUGAUCUGAUUACUCUGAAUAGUGGUCAUCUGCGUGGAUCCACGGUAGUUCCUUACUUGCCCGAGAGGUGUAUUAGGCAGUUUGGAUUUGUACAGUAUAUACCACCACCACCACCUCUAGCUCCUGCCUAUUCUGAUAUUGAUAGCGUCUGGAUUGGUUAUCACGCGUCCGUUGAUCGGAUCCUUCAGCCGACACGUCCAGUGACAUAUGCUUUUGAGACUGUACCUGAUUACAUGUCCUGGUACUAUAGGGUAUCACAUCCUAGACUGUGUCGCCAUGUUGAUGGACCACAUGGAGCACCACCAGUUCCACAGUAUGCACCUGCACCUGGACCAGAUGCACCAGUAGACGAUGCACCAGCAGAAGAUGCACCAGUAGAAGGAUGCACCACAAGAAACUGCACUACAGCGUGA